AUGGGAAAUGAAAUAUCGCCCAUUGUUCAGCUUUCUGGCUCAGAACAACCUGAACAACAAAUUUCAAUUUCGUUUCACCCAGCCCGUUCCGUCUACAAUGAUGAUGACUACUACUUGCAGCCACCAGAGGACAAAGAUACUUUUUACGAAAAUGACGGAGAAGCAUUUCUCAAAGCGCUCCUUUCUCUUGAUUUGGCCGCCUUACGAGAGGACAAUUCAAAAGAUGAUAAAAAGAAAACUACAGAGCUGAUCACCAAUCACAUUUUGGCUAAAAACAUGUUCAUCCACAACUUGAGUGAGCUGCCUUUGACUUAUGAUUCUAUUUCCAUGUACAAGCAGUACUACCUAUCGCUGAUGUUCUACAAUGGUUGGGCACAGAUUGUCAGUGACUUCUUUGAGCAGGAUGAAGAAAAAAAACCAAAAAGUUCCCCAUUAGAGUUGGAGCUGAACGUCACAAUAACUAAGGAAGAGUAUUGCUUGCUCUAUUUGAGAACACAAAUCGAAUGGAAAUAUCUUCAUGCUAAAAAGUACAAAAUUGAAGAAAAUCUUGUUCUUGUACAAGUCGAAGAGAGUCGAGAUCCUACUGUUCUUGCUAAUAAGACAAAAACAGCGUUGGGUUUAGUUUUAAACUAUAACUGGGAGCUAGAAAAGGAUAUACGUCGAAAGUUCAAUCCCCACCGACUAAUUUCUGACUAUAAAAAAGUAGAGUACACAGUGGCAGUUUUCGACAGUUCAGCGUUUCAAACGCUUCUUGAAAACAGAAAAGAUACUUUAACUAUUACACCAAUUUGUUAUACUCGACCCAUUCUUCGUCAAGUAGAAACGUUGUCGUCUAUGUGCUACAAAACAGACUUCAAAAAUGCUUUUCUUAAUCCUGACCGCAGUGUUUUUGCAACUAAUUUUGAGCAACCUGACAAUUUUAGAAUGCCUGAUGACACGAAAAAGUUUAAUAGCAAGCAAAAAGAUGCUAUUGUUGCCUGUUUUAAUGCAGUAAAUCAAAAAAAGCAUUUGAAUCAAACGGUGAUGAUACAAGGUCCUCCAGGCACUGGGAAAACGCACACACUGGUGGCCAUUGUAAAGAGUCUUCUGCUGAAAAACAACACUUUCACAUCAACACCUGAUCGCAUUCUCAUCUGCACGCCUUCCAAUGGCGCCAUUGAUGCGAUUGCCCUCAGACUACUGGAAACCAACCUGAAACUCGUUCGAAUUGGUAACUUUGACAAAGUCCAUCCAGAGGUGGCCCAUUGUCACCUACAGUCGAAAGUGAGCCGGGAACAAAGCUAUGCACAACGGAAGGAGCAAGAGAAGAAAGUGCUUAAAGAUGCUCAUGUCAUCCUAAGUACGCUAAACAGUGUUCAAAAUGACUGUAUGGAGGAUUUUAAGAAAGGCACUCCAUUUCGCUGUAUCAUCAUCGACGAAGCGGGUCAGUCGACGGAGCCGGAACUGUUGAUGCCGCUCGUCUACCCGACCUCAAAACUGAUUCUAAUUGGUGAUCACCUGCAACUGCCCGCUACCGUUAAAUCUAACUCUGCCCUGAGCAAAGGCUACGGUCGAUCGAUGUUUGAGCGUUUUUACUGCCACCUGGAAAACACCGAGUCUCAAAAUGCCUACUCGGCCAGUCCGGUGUUAACGCUGCAGCGUCAGUACCGAAUGGUGGAGGAUAUUUGUCAGUUUCCUUCCUGGAAGUUCUACAAUGAUCAACUGGAAACGGACAAAAUUGGCUGGAAUGAGGACAUUCCAAUUUAUCCUUAUUUGGUCUUUGAUGUGUGCAACUCAAAAGAGGCAAAAACGGCAUCAUUCAGCAA